AUGUCUAUCUGGAUGACAUUAUUAUCUGAUUUGUCAAUCGAGCUGAGUGAUCGCACAGUCGAUGUAACUGUUCCACCAUUAGAGGCUGUCAUCAUUGAGCUGUUCUCCAGCAAAGAUACAUGGUCCGUGGACGAACUUAGUAACAAAUUACAUGUAGAAUCGGUUGCGGUCCGAAAAGGCCUUGAUACUUGGGUUGAUCAUGUCGUCUUGAGUGAGACCGACACAAACGUCUUCGUUCUGUUGGAAGAAGCAUACCGUUGGGGUCUAAUCGGCCUGGUGGCUCACGUCAUGGAGCAAGAGCCAGUUGUGUCACCGGCGCAGCAACAAGAGGCGGAGCAAAUGCGUGUAUACUGGAAGUUUAUCGAGGGAAUGCUGACGAAUAUCGACCGGAUCCAAACGAUGUUGAAGUUCGCGCCGAACUAUUCGCGGACGAUCGAACAGCUGAGUGUGUUUAUGGAAGCUGCGCGCAGGGAAGGGCUUGUGACUGUGAAUAAUGGCCUGUGGAAACUCAAUAGAUAG